CCGGCCCCAGCCCCGCUCCGCUCCGCUGCCCCGGGAGGGUCACCCCGCCCCGCAUCCCCCGCCCCGGCACCCCCCGGUCGGGUCGGGAGGGCGCCAGGCCCCGGCGGGGGGAGCUGAGGGGGCAGGGUCCGGUCCCUCCCCGAGGCCCCCCAACCCCCCGCCGCGCCCGCCAGGGGAGCCCUCGCACGGGGCGCGUCCGGGGGGCGGGGCCGGAAAAGCCCCGGGGGGCGGGGGCUGCCCGGGCGGGGUCAUGGGGGUCUUCGUGCUGCUGCUGCUGCCCUGGGCCGCCGGUGGGGCGGGGGUAUGUGGGCGCUGCCCAGGGCCGGUGCGGAACGACUCGCUCGUGGCCCAGUUCUGUGCAUUCCCGAGUGGCACCGAGGGACGUUGCUGCUGGGAGCGGGGGGCCCACGCGGAGCGUCUGCUGGGGCUGGACCUGAGCAACUGCUCCCUGAAGAGCCUUCCCCUGGAGCUGGCUGAAGCCACCACUGCCAUUGUCCUGGACCUGACAGAGAACCCUCUGACGCCCCUCACCAGCAGCUCCUUCCUGGGCUUCACCUGCCUCCAGCACCUCGCGGUGCCGCUGGCACUGGAGUGCCCGGGCGGGAACGGUGCCUGGGAGCAGGUGACGACACGCAACAGCAGCCGGCUUUGCCAGAGGCAGAGGAACCCCUGCAACAGCUCCGGGGAGCUCGCCUGGCCGUGCCCCGAGAACGCUGCCUGCGCCCCAGCCGGCCCCGGCCUUGCCCAGUGCCUCUGCGAGAGCCCCUUCCACGGCUACAAGUGCCUGCGUGAGGGCACCUUCCCUGUGCUGCUCUUCUGUGGGAUCCUGGGAGCUGUCACGCUGUCCCUGUCCCUCCUGCUGUGGGGCACCCAGCGCCGGAAAGCCAAGACCCUUUGAGGGGGGAGCAGGAGCUGCAUCGCUGCUGAGACCAGGGGCGGGGUAGGGGGGCUCCGUAUCCCGGCGUCUGGCUCAUGUCACGGGGGCUGGGGACGAAUAAAGGCCGCCGUGUCGUCUC